AUGGGUGGUGCUUGGGAAGCUACUGCUUAUGCCCUCCGAGCCGCGGGUUCAAUGAACUUAUAUCAGAAGGGAUUCGGAUAUCCCCAUCAUAUCCUAAUUGCCCUUGCCCCUCUCUGGAUAAACGCAUACGUCUACAUGGUUCUCGGACGCAUGGUGCACUUCUUCCUCCCCGACCAGAGAUGUUUCGGCAUCUCGGCGCGGAAGCUGACAGUUAUCUUCGUCUGUCUGGAUAUCGUUGCCUUUCUCACUCAGGGGGCGUCGAGCAGCCUUCUGAAUUCCGAUAGUGCAAACAGUAUCAAAAUCGGAAUUAACCUUUAUAUGGGCGGUAUUGGGCUCCAGGAACUAUUCAUUCUAAUUUUCGUGGGCCUCGCAAUUCGGUUCCAAAAGAAAAUGACCAUCGUCGAAAAAACGGAUUGCCCACAGUACGCCUGGCGGCCACUUCUUUACACCGUCUACACAUCUUUACUCCUAAUCACCAUCCGAAUCAUUUACCGACUCAUUGAAUUCUCAGGUGGUCUUCAUUCAGCCAUCGCCACAAACGAAGCGGCGUUUUACGCUCUAGAUGCAGCUCCCAUGUUCCUUGCUCUUGUCGCAUUCAAUAUCUUCCAUCCAGGAAGAUUCCUCGUUGGCCCCGGGAGCGAGUUUGAGAAGAAACCGAAGCAGGAUAAGAAACGCAAAAACAAGAAGAGAAAUAAGUCAGCUAGCGGCAAGUGGAUUUUGGAUAGUGAUGGCCAGGGUCAAUUUGAGGAGCUACCUCUUCAUGAAUCUCAGAGGGGUCAUGAUUCACAUGAGCAUCAGUCCUUCGCUCCCCCAGAGAGGAGACAGACCUUUUCUAGGAUGAGCUGA